AUGGCGCAUGGGUACCUGCGCAACUCCAAGCUGUGUUGCGCGGGCGUGGGCACGGACGCCACGGGCGCCGGUGGUGCAGCGGUGGCUGCGGCAGUCGAAGCUGCAGUGGCUCCGCCGCCACCGCCGCCGUCGCUCUCGCUCAUCACGCGCAAGGGCAUGGUGGUGAUCUCGCUGCGUAAGCGGGCGGCGCCCAAGACGGUGGCCAAGAUUGUGGCCUUUACCAUCGGAUCGCCCGAGGCCGAGGCGGGGACGAUGCCGCCGUGCGCGGCGCUGCCUGCGGAAGACGCCCCACAGGCAACGGCCGAUGCUGGGUGCAACUUUUAUCGGGCCGAGGCUGUGCCGGGCAACUGGAGCAUGGGCGAGGCGUUUGAUCCGGAUGGCUUCUACGGCCCACCGUACGCGCUGCUGCAAGGCCGGUUUGCGACCGACGCGGCGCCGGGUGACUGGGAACUGCCGCGGGAGGAUGCGCCGCUUGUGGUGCGUGGCGAUGUGUGUCUCAUCGGAUCUGGCCCGCACUUUUUCAUUGCGCUCGCGCCGCACCCCGAGUGGGGCGCCGGACACACUGUGUUUGGCCGGGUGGCAGACGCUGAGUCGAUGCGUGUGGUCGACGCGCUUGCGCGCGAGCCGACAUUCCACGAACAGUGGGGCGAGACCGCGGUAACGCCACUGGUAACCAAGCUGCCGUUUGCGGUGGGCUACGUUGAGGCGCCGCUGCCGCCGAUCAUCACCGACGUGUGA